AUGUUUUCCUCAGAUAACUACUCAAACAAACCUUACAUGAAAGAUGCAUUUUCCCAUGAAACAUCUUCAUCAAGGAGCUUUCUUCAGGAUUUUAACCAUCUUGAUCAGUUUCACGCUGAUCGAUCAUCUUCUUCAAAUUCGUUGUUUGGUCUCCAAACUGGCUCCAAUUUUGAUUCUUUGGAUGCUUUCCCUUAUAGAUUAUCACCAACUACAGAUUUAUACGAGUAUGAAUGCAAGCCAUUCACAAAUAACAACAAUAUCGGACGAUAUGGGCAAGACCAUUUCCAAAGUGGUGGGUGCCUGAACCUUCCUCAAACAAAUCCCAUUGACACAACUAUAGAUUCUAAUCGAGGUCACAUGUCCUUGAAUUUACAAGAAAUCAAACCUAUGAAUUUUGUUGUGCCAGAUGGAGCCACCUCUUGCGUGACGAAGCAUGAUUACUAUUCAAAAGCUGGUUUGUAUAAGAAUGAUGCCAUACUACUUUUGACAAGAAGGGCAGGGAAGACUCCUAAAAAGGAACCUAUUAACGUAGUCAAAGGGCAGUGGACAGCUGAGGAAGAUAGUCUGUUGAUUCGACUGGUUGAUGAGUUUGGAAUAAGAAAAUGGUCGCAUAUUGCUCAGAUGUUGCCAGGAAGAAUUGGAAAGCAAUGCAGAGAAAGAUGGCAUAAUCAUUUAAGGCCAGAUAUAAAGAAAGAUAUAUGGAGUGAAGAGGAGGAUAGGGUGCUAAUAGAGGCCCACAAAGAAAUAGGGAACAAAUGGGCAGAAAUUGCCAAGAGGUUGCCAGGGAGAACUGAAAACUCUAUCAAGAACCACUGGAAUGCAACUAAAAGAAGGCAAAACUGCAGCUCCAAGAGAAAAAGCCGAUCCAAGUAUCCAAAGGGCUCCCUUCUGCAAGAGUACAUCAAGAGCUUGAACUUGGACUCAAUUCCUAAAGUGAAACGACGUCAGAGGAGAAGGAGAAGUGCAAAAUAUUCUGAUGUCAGGGCAGCAGGUAGUAGUAGUACUACAAUGAAAGAGCCAAGUGAUCAGCAGCAGCCUCAGCAGGAGUUGGGCCUUUGUGGAAAUAAUGAUGGAUUAGUCUUAGACUAUGAUUUUGAUUUUGAUGAGACUAUAUUUCAAGAUGGCUGCAGCAUCGAUUCUCUUCUUGAUGAGAUAGGUUGCGAUCCUGUUGUUAACGAAAAAGUGUUUGAUAUGGAUGUGCCAAAAGAGGAUGAGAAUCCAUUUCAAGAUUUUGACAUGAUGAAUGAGGUGGAUUUAAUUAUGGAGAUGAACCCUGAAAACUUUGAGCAUGCAUAUUAG